AUGAAAGUCCUUACCACAUUGCUCUACGAAAAACGGUGGAUUCGUAUAACUUACAUUGUUUGUAUGUUGUGCAUCUCACUGGCCAACCUUGUUUUCAGUUGGCUAGUCUAUCGGGAUGCGUCUCUUCAGGUGACCGGGUUGGUUUUCGAUCGUACAUCUGACAAACUUUUGGCCUUUCUGCUCACGUUUAACGUGAUCGAGAUUGUAUUUUUCGUUGUGGAUAUUCUGGCUUGGACAAACACACUCUGGAAUGAACCGGAUUGUUGGUUCAUCAUCGAUGUGGCCAAUUUAUUCAACAUUCUCUUGUCAGAGCUACCGCUCAGUUUGAUCAACACUUACUUGAGUGCUUGUCAUGAAUCUGCCAUAUCGGAGUUUCUACUUGUCAAAUCCUCGAUGAUUCUGGGUUUCACACUUAUUCGCUUUGUUGCCCUUGCUGUGUUUUAUUUUAUGAACAGUACGGACGAUGGUUGUGUCAAAAUGUCCGACGGAUCUGACAUUCGACUCGACGCUGGCCCACCACACAUGAGCGCGGUGUCUGCUCGAGACAGUUCCGAUGAGGAAACAGAGCGCUGUGGAAAACAGAAUGCUGCCCAAACCGUUCACUCGUCGAAGGUGACCACAUUUUGUUGUGAUGUGGUUCGCGUGAAAAGACUCAGGCGUUUCUGGCUAGUAGUACGCGUCUUUAUUUUACUGGGUUUCUUCUUUCUAUUACUCACCAAUAUUCUCAUCUUCAAGUUCACAUUUGUCCAAACAUACAAAGGUUAUCUGGAAUGGCGUCGUAUUUUGAUCGGUGCAAACCAUUGGGAUACUGUACAAAAUCAGAUGGCUGAACGGUACUUUCAAGAUGUGGAAAUAUUUCUUAAAGAACGAGAACUGUCCACUCGCAAGUGGCUCCACUUGGUUAGUCUGGAGAAGCUGCUGCGUCUGCAGGCUGUCAACGCGUCCGAGGAGAUCGGGUUGAAUUACAUUCAGUCCGGGACUAAAAACUACUGUAUAUUCUCGCAACACGUGACUUAUGCUAAUCGUACCACAGAGACCUCAAUGACGUGUUGGCUUUUACUCAGUCUGGAUGCAUUUAGUGAGACAGCUUGCAGCGACGUACUGGAGAAUUCCCGGAAUUUGGUCCGACUGAAGGGGCUCAAAAUACGGUUCACAUAUAAACCGCCGGAUCGAAGGCAUCAUCUCGGAGUGUUGUACUAUAAUGCAACACGUACCAACAUCAAGUGA